AUGGAGAACCCCAGCGACAUCGACCCCACGCUGGAGCCGCAGUACAUGAUGCGGCUCAAGAGCAAGUGUGCAAGCCUCAACGACAACACCACCCUCGUGGAGAUGGACCCCGGCAGCUUCAAGACCUUCGACACCGACUACUUCAAGCUGGUGAGCAAGCGGAGGGGCCUCUUCCACCCCGACGGCGCCCUCCUCACCGACCCCUUCACCCGCGCCUACGUCCAGCGCCAUGCCACCGGUGCCUUCAAGAACGAGUUCUUCGCCGACUUCGCCGACUCCAUGAUCAAGAUGGGCAACGCCAACCCGCUCACCGGAAGCCAAGGUGAGAUCAGAAAGAAGUGCAGCGUGGUCAACCAUUAA